AACCCUUAUUUAAUAAACGCCGUAGUCUCCAGAGUACAGCAUUCACUUCACCUCCCCUUCCUCCUCGGCUCCUCCGUCUGCCCCCACUCCAGACUCAAAACAAUGUCGGCUAUGGAGUCUCUCAUCCUCCAACUCCAUGAAAUCUCCGCAGUCAAAUUCGGAAACUUCAAGCUAAAAUCCGGCAUCUCCUCCCCCGUCUACAUCGACCUCCGUCUCAUCGUCUCCCACCCCUCCCUCCUCCGCCAAAUAUCCUCCAGCAUCAUCUCCUCCCUCCCCUCCUCCACCCGAUACGACACCGUCUGCGGCGUCCCCUACACCGCCCUUCCUAUCGCAACCUGCGUCUCCAUUUCCAACGACAUCCCCAUGCUCAUGCGCCGUAAAGAAAUCAAAGACUACGGCACAUCCAAAGCCAUCGAGGGCACCUUCAAGCCCUCCGAGACCUGCUUAAUCAUCGAAGAUUUGGUCACCAGCGGCACCUCCGUGCUCGAGACGGCGGCACCUCUCCGUGCUGCGGGACUUGUCGUUAAAGACGCCGUUGUUUUGAUCGAUAGAGAGCAGGGUGGGAGGGAGAAUUUGAAGGAGAAUGGGAUUGAAUUGCAUUCGAUGAUUAAAUUGAGUGAGAUAGUGAGGGUUUUGAGGGGGAAGGGGAAGGUGGAUGAAGAGAUGGAGCUUGUGGUGAUGAAUUUUUUGGAGGAAAAUAAGAAGGUGGGGGUACCCAAUAUUGGGGCUGGGGUUAGGGUUAGGGGUUUGAGAUAUGAGGAGAGAUUGAAAUUGAUGAAGAAUGAAAUUGGGAAGAAGCUGUUUGAAGUAAUGGUGAAGAAGGAGAGUAACUUGUGUUUGGCUGCAGAUGUUGCCACUGCUUCUGAGUUGCUACAAAUUGCUGACAAGGUUGGACCAGAGAUCUGCUUAUUGAAAACCCAUGUUGAUAUAUUGCCUGAUUUCACCCCUGAUUUUGGUGCCGAACUCCGAGCAAUAGCAGAAAAGCAUAAUUUCCUAAUUUUUGAAGAUCGUAAGUUUGCAGACAUUGGUAAUACUGUGACAAUGCAGUAUGAAGGAGGUGUAUUCCGUAUACUGGAAUGGGCUGAUAUAAUUAAUGCUCACAUAAUUUCUGGACCUGGAAUUGUGGAUGGACUGAAAUUGAAGGGUUUGCCUCGUGGUAGGGGCUUGUUGCUGCUUGCUGAAAUGAGUUCGGCUGGUAACUUGGCAACAGGAGAGUAUACGGCUGCAGCUGUGAAAAUUGCUGAGGAGCACUCUGACUUUGUCAUCGGCUUCAUCUCAGUUAACCCAGCAUCAUGGUCAGGGGCACUGAUCAAUCCAGCGUUUAUUCAUGCAACCCCUGGAGUUCAAAUGGUAAAGGGAGGUGAUAGUCUUGGCCAGCAGUACAAUACUCCACAUUCUGUUAUAUACGAUAGGGGCAGCGACAUUAUCAUUGUGGGUCGUGGAAUUAUAAAGGCAGCUGAUCCUGCAGAGGCAGCUUCUGAAUACAGACUUCAAGGAUGGGAUGCAUACUUGGCUAAGUGCUCCUAACACCAUUCUGCUCCAGCCCUAUCACAUGUCUGUAUGUUUUGGUAAUGAACAAAAAACAUGUUCAUUUUAUCACAUUGCAUGCGCUUUUGAGUGCAAUAUCUUCUUAGUUCACUUUAUCAGUUUUGUGAGGGUUUCCCUGUUGAUAAAGCAACUAAUAGUAAAAAUCAUAGGUCUGAGUUUGACAGUUUUGGUCUUCAGUCUUCUAUGUCUUACUACUUAACUGAGGAGAAACAUUAUUAAUAAAACUAUGUAUAUUUAUAAUAA